UCUUAGUGUGAGUGUGUGAUUGCUGAUGAGCGGCAGUCUGGGAGAGCGUCGGCUGGUUGGCGUCAAAAUCGAGCCGCCAAGCUCCGAUGCUGCUGCUGCUGGUGCUGCUGCUGCUGGUGCUGCUGACCCGCGUCUGCUGCUCGGCAAUCGAGCGUCCAACAAGGCUUCUGCUUCCGGGCUGCACUUCCAUGCCAAGAAGGCCGACGCUGCAGACGAUGACGCUCAGAAUGACGAUGACAAAGACGACGACGACGACGACGACAAGCAUCAUCCAGCGAGCGAUCGCAGCGACGGAGGCGUGCUCAACCCAGCCACGGGCGACCUCGCAGACCACCGCCGCAUGGACAACUCGGACAUUCCGCCAGAGGGCAACUGCGGCGACAGCGUCCCAUUCGCUGCCGUCGCAACGCUGCUCGAGCAGAUUUCGUCAGACACAAAGCGUUCCGUCAAGCAGAAUGUGCUUGGAAGCUUCCUCCAACGAUGGCGCGAGAAUGGCAAAAGCAACCCAAACACAACCGUCUUCCCGAUCGUCCGGUUGCUGCUGCCGUCGUUUGACCGCGAGAGAGGCAUGUAUGGCAUCAAAGACGCCAUGCUAGCCAAGUACUACUCAGACAUUCUUGGCAUUGUGCGCGGCUCCGAGGACUACAACAAGCUGAAAAAUUACACAAAGCCACAACACAACCGCCAGUCGGCCGGCGAUUUCGCCAUGGUCGCGUUCUUUGUCCUUCAGCGGCGACUUGCUGAUCGCCCCAGCAAUCCUCUGACCGUCACCGACGUCAACACGCUGCUCGACCAGCUGGCGACCGAGUACAUGUCAAACAAUCGUCCGGGCGUGAAAGACACCCUGCGAUCCAUGCUGUUCCGCUCGACUGCGCGCGAGCAAAAGUGGCUGAUUCGAAUCAUCGGAAAGGACGUCAAGUGCGGCAUGUCAGCCCAAACCGUGCUCAAAACCUUCCAUCAAGACGCUGUCGACUUGUUCAACGUCUGCUCGAAUCUGCGACGCGUGUGUUGGCAGCUGCGUGAUCCCACAAAACGACUCGUGUCGAACGAUGUGUCUCUGUUCCAUCCCUUCCGCCCAAUGUUGGCGAUGCGCGAGAACAUCAGCAAGAUCGCUGACAAGCUGGGCACAUUCUUUAUGGAAAUCAAGUUCGAUGGCGAUCGCGUCAUGAUGCACAAGCAGGGCGACAAGUACCAAUACUGGUCGCGCAAAUCCAUCAAUUACUCGGACAAGUAUGGAUUCUCACCUGAUUGCGGCACCAUCACGCAGUACGUGCACAACGCCUUCAAGCCGGGAGUCACCGACGUUAUUUUGGACGGCGAAAUGAUCUUGUAUGACACCAAGCUUGAUUGCUUUGUGCCAAAGAGCAGCGCCGACGUCAAGUCCUUUGCUGGCACGGAUGAGCAGCGACCGUGCUAUGUCGUCUUUGACAUUGUCUUCUUGAACGGCACCUCGCUCUGCAACAUGCCGUUGAUUGAGCGCCUGCGAACACUCCGGAAGGUCUUUACGCCCAUCACCGGUCGAAUCAUGUUUGCCGACCAGCGGACGGGCACCACUUCCCAGGAGAUUAUCGACUUUUUGAACGAGGCCAUCGACAAUCGUGAAGAGGGUGUCAUGGUGAAGAACAUGAAAAGCACCUACGCACCCGACAAGCGCGAUGGCGGUUGGUACAAGAUCAAACCCGAGUACGGCGACUCCUUUGCCGAGCUCGAUGUGCUCAUUGUCGGCGGUUACUACGGCAUCGGAAAGCGGCGCGGAGGCAUGGUUUCCCACUUUAUGUGCGCCGUCGCCGUCCCACCUGCCAAUCCACAAGAGCCGCCAACAGUGUUUCACUCGUUUUGCAAAGUUGGUACCGGCUACAGCAUGUCGCAACUGAAAGAGUUUGGCGAGCAACUCGAGCCCCACUGGCAUCCGUUCGACACCCAAAAUCCGCCCUCCCAGAUUCUUCUUGCCACGGGCUUCAAGGAGCGUCCCGACGUCUGGAUUGAGCCUCGCCAUUCGCGCAUUGUCCAAAUCCGUGCGGCUGAAAUUACUCCCACCGAAAAGUACAAGUGCGGGUUUACGCUUCGAUUCCCGCGACUCGAGUGCUUCCGCACGGACAAGGAGUGGUCUGAUUGCAUGACAACCACCGAGCUGGAUCAUGCCUACCGUGUUGGCCAAGGUCGGUUGGCGACGACCCACUUUCUGUCGGGAGAUGGCGAGAAGGGCGGCCGCAAGCAAAAGGCGGGCGGGGCGGGCGUGGCGGCGGGCACCUCCAAAACUCGCACCGUGCUGGCGUCCUUCCGUGGCGCCGACCUUUCUGGCGUCAAGAUUGAUUCCGAGCUGUUCCAGGGGCUGACCUUCUACGUGGUCAACGGCUCGGCGGAUCGAGACAAGAACGAGCUCGAAAAGCUCAUUGCACGCCAUGGUGGCGAACUCAUCCAAAACCCUCCGCGUUCGCAAGUCGCCCAUGUGGUUGCAAUCGCCCACCAGGAGCAAGCGGUGCGCGUCAAGAACAUUAAAGCAGCAGGGGUUUGCGAUAUCGUGCGACCCUCGUGGAUUGACGAGUGUGUCAAGGAAAAGCGGGUCGUGCCCAAGCGACCGACAAUGCUCAUCUUUGCCACCGAGCUCACGCGUGUGGAGGUUGCCAAGUUUUUCGACGCGUUUGGGGACAGUUAUUUCGAGGACACGGACGAGGCUACUCUGAGAACCGUCUUUGCAUCGAUGGCGACUCCCGAUCCGCCCAAAGGCGUCGUUCCGGGGCGCACUGAUGCGCAGGAAUUGAACCAGACCAUUGCUGAGAUCGAGGACGAGUGCUUUCCCGACGAAAUCCAAGGGCUUUUCCGCGGCUUGACCAUGUAUCUCGACCGGUUUAGCCAUCUUCAGUCAAGCCACCACCAUUCCUCAAAUGCGUCGUCCCUUGGAUCAUCUGUCGAGUCUGCCGACGGGUCCAACAAGGCCACGCGGAGUCGGUCGGCAGCCAGCUCCAGCAAAAAGCAGAGCGGGCACGCUGCAGCUGCAACGACAGCAACACCGACAACGACAAUCCUGGGCGUUCGCGCUGACGCCAUCCCCUUCUGUGCGCUGGAUCUGGUCGCGUUGCGUCUGGUGCGACAUGGAGCCGUGGUGGUGGAUUACAUUGAUUCCUCAGUCACGCACAUCGUUCUGAGCGACGAAGACCACUCCCGUUUGCCCGCCAUCUCCAAACUGACGGGCAACUUGAGGCGGCGUCCUCGUGUGGUUUCGUCGGCCUGGGUUUCGGACUGUGUGAACGCAGGCGGACUUGUGGAUGAACGGUCCUAUCAUCCUGUCGGCUGGACUGUCAGCGGCAUGCAGGCAGCCGGGCUUGUGUCUCACGUGGAGCACGCAGAAACUGAUGAGACGGAAGACGACAUGAGCACCAAUCCUCCGACCAGCGAUCAUCACCAGCGAUGGGGAGACAGGUCGGACUGGAGCGACUCGUCCCGAUUCUCAGACACCUCACUUUCUCGAGGGACCAAGCGAACUGCACAAGUUGCGGAAUUGGAGAGCGACAGCCAGUCCGACAGCGACCUGUCUCACUUGACCACCGGAUUGAUUCGUCGCCGCAAAGCCCCAGCUCUGGCGUUCGCCUCCCAACGGCCCGUUCGAGCGUCUCAGCAAUUUUAGGGCGGCGACAAGAGAUGACGCUCUACUACUAGUUUUGUUUUGUUCUAGUUUCCAACAUGUAUAUUUUCAAACAUAAAAUGAAUAAAAUGAUUAAUUUCCAA